AAACAGAAGGGGUGGUGUCAUUUCGUUGCAUGUUAUGGUAUGGAGGCAGUGGAAGAUGAACCAAGUGCAGUUAAUGAGAUGGAAGAAUCGGAAGAAGAGACAAGUUCAGAUGAUACAGAAGAAGAGGAAGUUGAACCCAAGCUUUGCUAUGAACGACUUACAAAUGAUGUUCCAAAUAUUUUGAGAAAGGAUGCUGCUAGUUGUAUUUCUGUUCAUCCAAAGUUUUUAGCUCUUGGAACUCAUCUAGGAGUGAUUCAUAUUCUUGAUCAUCAAGGCAAUAAUAUUCGAAACAAAGAACUAUUGUUGCAUGUCACUACUGUGAAUCAGAUUAGCAUAGAUGAAAAAGGAGAUUACAUUGCUUCAUGUUCAAAUGAUGGAAAAGUUGCCAUUCAUGGACUUUAUUCUUCUGACUUUAGCACAUCUGUCACUAUAGAAAGACCUGUGCGAUCUGUUGCAAUUGAUCCAAAUUUCUCCAAGUCGAGUGGAAAUCGUAGAUUCAUUAUUGGUGAAGACAAGGUUGUUCUUUAUGAACGACAUAUCUUGACUGGUUACAAACCUAAUGUGCUAUACCAAGGAGAAGGUGCCAUACGAAAUUUGAAAUGGAAAGAACGAUUCAUUGUCUGGGCAAGUGACAAGACUGUUCGAGUGUAUGACAUUAAUUCAGGAAGAACCAUUACUGUUAUACAAAGAGAUCACGAUCCUUUGCUGAGAAGUGAUUUGUAUCGCUGCAAUUUACAUUGGAAAGAUGAUAAAACACUUCUUAUUGGGUGGGCCAAUACUGUUAAAGUGUGCCAAGUUGUGCCAUCUGAGGGCCCUAGAGCGUCUCUCACAACUUUAAAAGAUCAGGGGGGUCCACCCCGCUUUUAUGUUAAGAUAACAUCAAUUUUCAAUACUGAUUUUUAUAUAUGUGGUAUUUCAUCUCUUGGAGCUGCAAUAGUUGUACUUACAGUGAAGAAAACAGAAGAGCCUGUAAGUAUAGGAUCAAGACCUCAGUUGCGAGUACUUGAAUCUCAUGGGGAAAGUUAUACAUCUAUUCUCAGUGAUACACUUGUCUUGCGUGGCUAUCAAGAAUACAGGUGUAAUGAUUAUCAUUUAGAAAGCCUGUCUGAAGAAGGACUAUAUUUUAUAUUAAGUUUGAAAGAUUUUGUUGUUGCUAAACCUAGGAAUGAUGACGAUCAUAUAGCAUGGUUAUUGGAACAUGAUCGUUUUAAAGAGGCUUUGAAAGCUGUCAGUGAAAGCAAAAAUUUGAGAAAAUAUACGCUUUUGGAUGUUGGUAACAUAUACUUGAAUCAUUUAUUUGAGUUGAGACAGUAUAGUGAUGCUGCUGAGUUAUGUGGAACAAUAUUUGAAAAAAACAAAGAUGUUUGGGAAACAGGCGUAUAUCGUUUUGCUGAAUUAGGACAGUUGAGAGUGAUUGCACCAUUCAUUCCUACUGAUGACCUGGUUUUAGUUCCUGCAAUUUAUGAGAUGAUUUUAAAUGAAUUUUUACAGUAUGAUCAAAAAGGCUUCCUGAAUUUGGUUCGAUCUUGGCCAAGUCAUGUUUAUGAUGUUCCAACCAUAAUUACUGUUGUUUUAGAGCAACUUGCUUUGUUUCCAGACUCUAAACUACUGUUGGAAAGCCUUAGUGAAUUAUACAUUUAUGAUAAAAAGUUCGACAAGGCCUUCAAUGUCCUUAUAGAAAUUGGAAGCAAAGACAGAAUCUUUAAACUGAUACAAAACCAUAAUCUGUUUGGAAGUGUUCAUGACAAAUUAGAUACUCUAAUGGAACUCAAUCCAUCUGCAGCUACUAGUCUGCUUUUGAACAAUGUUGAAAAGGUCCCUGUCAAUCUAGUGGUUUCAAAGCUGAAAAACAAGAAGCAAUUAUUGUACGAAUAUCUACAUAAAGCCUUUUUGAAGGAUCCUACUUUGGGAGAGGAGCACCACGGAUUAUUAGUAGAGCUCUAUGCUGAGUAUGCACCUGAGCUUUUGCUACCUUUUCUUCGAACUUCUCACAAUUACUCACUUGAGUUUGCACUUGACAUUUGUCAACAAAGAAGUUUGAUUCAUGAAGUUGUUUUCCUUUUAGGUCGAAUGGGUAACACAAAACAAGCACUGGAGCAAAUUACAGAACAACUUCAAGAUAUAAAUCAGGCAAUACAGUUUUGCAAAGAACACGAUGACAAGGAGCUCUGGGAAGAUCUUAUUGAAAGUUCUUUGGAUAAACCAAGUUUCAUCACAGUUCUGCUCCAGAAUAUUGGGACCCAUGUAGACCCUAUUAUGCUGAUUCAGAAAAUACCCAAUGGCAUGGAAAUUCCUGGACUUCGAGAUUCAUUGGUGAAAAUUCUCCAUGAUUACACUUUGCAGGUGUCUUUACGAGAAGGUUGUAAAAAGAUCCUUGUUGCUGACUGUUACAGUUUGUUAGAAAAAUUAAAUAAGUUACAAAAGAGAGGAAUCUUAGUCAGUGAAAAUCAAGUAUGUCCCUUGUGUGAACGAAAAUUGUUUACAAAUGAUUCUCGCACUGGAGGUGAUGUCAUAAUUUUUCACUGCAAACAUGUAUUUCACGAAGAUUGUGUUCCAGUCAUGCAUCUGCAAAAAUGGGAAACCUGUACAAUCUGUAGUGCUCAAAAACGAGGCACACCUGGAAGUUCAUAGUGAAUAAAAAGGACUUUUCUAUUGUGAUUGUGUAAAUUUAAUACAUGUAUAUAAUAUUUUUUAAUUUAAUAAACUAUUCAACUGUUAAAAAAAGUAUUUGCAUUUGUUUUUACCUUACCUGCACACAAAAUAGAAUUUUAUUUCUUAGUGUUUGAUGAAGCUAAAUUAAAAACAAAUUCGUCAUAGUUUUAAUUUCAUUGACACAUCAAUGGUUAAUGACUAAUAUAUGUGAGGCUAAUUGGCUCUGUUUAAAAACUAUCUUCAAUAUUAAACAGUGCUGUCAACAGAAAUACUGCAUUUUAGAAAUGAAGCACUUGGAAAAAUUAUGCACUAUUGGAACCUCUUUAGGCAUCAAUGCAAUUCUUGACAUUUUAGUUUUAUCUGAUUAUAAGUUUAUUUUCAUCUGGUUUUAAAUGACUCAAAAUUAUGAGUAAUUCAAAAAUGAAAUCUUUUCAACACCUCAGUUUAACCCUAUUAAUAAUGAAAAGUUUUGGGGGAUGACUUGUUAAAUUUUAUCAACCACAUGCCUACUAAUUACCAUUACAAUGAUAUGGGUGCUUAUAUCAGCCUUUUGUUUCG